UAUGACCACUGCCCUGGUCCUUAAUCCUCGCUGGGUGGACACUGUCAUGUUUGUAUACGAAAACAACUUGGAUGAGAUAAACAAGAGCAUGGAAGGACUGGUGGGUGCAGGAAACUUCUCAGCCAACCAAUGCAGGAAUCUAAUGGCCCAUUCUGCCUUGGGAGGCCACCCUUCCUCGCUGGUGCACGGCUCAGGCUAUCCCACAGUAGAUGUGUCCGGAUCGGGAUCAGGGGAUGUCGGCAAACAAUGCGCCCCUUGCUCGGCAGUUCCACAAGGUUCCUCCACGGCCCCUCUACCUUAUGGAUAUUUCGGCGGUGGUUAUUAUUCCUGCCGAAUGGGGAGAGGGUCUCUUAAGUCUUGCACCCAACCCACUGCUUUGUCUAGCUAUUCUUCAGAAAAGUAUAUGGACACCCCAGUUCCGUCUGAAGAGUACCCGAGUAGGGCCAAGGAAUUUGCCUUUUAUCAUGGCUAUCCCAGUCCCUAUCAACCUAUGGCGAGUUAUCUAGAUGUUUCUGUAGUGCAGACUAUCAGUGGUGCAGGGGAGCCGAGGCACGAAACUCUGCUGCCAAUGGACAGCUAUCAACCAUGGGCACUGACGAAUGGAUGGAACGGUCAGAUGUACUGCUCAAAGGAUCAGGGGCAGACUGGCCACAUCUGGAAAUCUGCACUAGCAGACGCCGUCGCUCAUCAACAGGACGGGAGCUCGUUUCGCCGCGGCCGGAAGAAGAGGAUUCCUUACACUAAAGUCCAGCUCAAGGAACUGGAAAAAGAAUAUGCCGCCAACAAAUUCAUCACUAAAGACAAGAGGCGAAAGAUUUCAGCAGCCACCAACCUGUCCGAAAGACAAAUAACCAUCUGGUUUCAAAACAGAAGAGUUAAAGAAAAGAAAUUCGUGGCAAAAGUCAAAACCAACACUCCUUAAUCUUAAAAAUAAAAUAAAAAUUCUGAAUGUUUGACACUUUGGAAUAAAGGGUACUGGAUACUAGUAAAAAAAAAGGUCCAACUGCAAUGAGUGUUUGUGUCCACCCCCCUCCAUUGUUGAAUCGCUUAAAAGCGACACCUCUCUUAAACACUACCAUAGAGGAAUUAUAUAAAAACGAUUCCUUCCAAUGGACUAAACUAGACUUAAAAAUGAAUGUAAAUAUAUUACAGCUGUAACUAUACCUGCGUUAACUUGUUAUGCACAACCUAGUAUAUCUGUGUAGUGUCUUUAGAUAAACCAAUGUUAUUAAUGGUGUAGUGUUGUUAGACUAUAACAUAUGAUGAA